AUGAGGCUCAGCACUUCAGUGGCAGCCCUUUUAGGGUUUUCUGCCGAGUUGGCAAGUGCCGUAUCUACAUUCUCCCCAGCAAGACCGCCGUCAUUACCUCUGGCCGUCAAGUCUCCUUACCUCAACUCCUGGUUAAGUGCCGGAAGUGAUGGAGGUAAUGGGGGUUACCUCGCUGGUGAAUGGGCAACCUUCUGGAAUCAGCAGAUCACUGGAUGGGUCGGCCUCAUUCGCGUAGAUGGUGUUGCGUACACUUGGAUGGGUGCUCCUAAAGACUGGCCACAAGUGGUUGACCAAACGGAAUUCUCCUAUACAUCCACGAGAAGCACAUUUGUCUCUACCGUGGGGGGCAAAGUUGGCCUAAACGUUACUUUCAUGUCACCAGUCACACCAAAUGACCUGAGAAGGCAGUCUUUGCCUUUCACCUAUUUGGAUGUUGCGGUGCAGUCCAUCGAUGGCGCCACACACGACGUCGAAGUAUAUGCCGAUGUUUCCGGAGAAUGGGCGUCUGGUGACCCCACUGCGCUCAUUAACUGGGAUUUUGGAACUUCCAACGGAGUCGCAUACCACACUUUCGCAAGACAAGAUCAGCAGGAGUUCGCGGAGGUCAACCAACAAGCUAGUUGGGGCACCUGGUACUGGUCCUCAGCCGAAGGCGAUGUUGUUACUUACCAAAGUGGUAUUGAUGUUGAUGUGCGGAACAACUUCAUCCAGAAUGGGGCUCUUGCAAAUGCCAAAGACAGCAACUUCCGGGCCGUCAAUGACAACUGGCCAGUAUUUGCUUUUGCCAAAGGUUUCGGCUCCGUCGGAUCAUCAAGCGUCUCCACCCUCUACUCCCUUGGAUUGACCCAGGAUAACGCUAUUUCGUUCCUCGGCGAGGGUAGUGGCAUGACCACCGUCCCUUCGUUGUGGAAGAGCUACUUCUCCAACGGUCUUGAUGCUAUGACUUUCUUCUACAACGACUUCGGCGAGGCAUCUAGUCUUGCUACUGAGCUCGAUAACAAGGUUGCUUCUGACUCAUUGGCAGCGGCUGGCCAGAACUACUUGACUAUUACCAGUCUAAGUGUUCGUCAAACAUUCGGAGCUCUGCAGUUCACUGGAACCGACUCGGCACCUCUGGUCUUCCUCAAGGAGAUCAGCUCAAACAGUGAUAUCCAGACCGUCGAUGUGAUCUACCCGGCGAUCCCUCUGAUCUUAUACUCAAACCCAAAGCUGCUGGCCUAUCUUCUUGAUCCCCUUUUCCAGAACCAGGAGAACGGGCACUACCCUAAUACUAAUGCUAUCCACGAUCUUGGAACUUUCCCCAUCGCAAAGGGCUACCCUGACGGCUCCGACGAGCCCAUGCCCCUGGAGGAGUGCGGUAACAUGAUCAUCAUGACCCUGGCAUACGCCCAACGUGCCAGCGACACGGCAUACCUGGCGACACACUACCCCAUCCUGAAGCAGUGGGCAGGCUAUCUCGUGGACGAGGCCCUCAUUCCAGCCAACCAACUCUCCACCGACGACUUUGCCGGGACUCUCGCGAACCAGACCAACCUGGCCCUCAAGGGCAUCAUCGGGCUGCGGGCCAUGUCUGAGAUCGCCAAGUUGACGGGCAACGCGGACGACGAAAAGACGUACGGCGACACGGCGACAUCGUACAUCGCGCAAUGGCAGGGCCUGGGCAUCAACCAAGACGCGAGCCCGCCGCACACGACGCUGUCGUACGGCGACGGGGCGUCGCACGGGCUGCUGUACAACCUGUACGCCAACAGCCUGCUGGGUUUCGGCGAUUUCGUGCCGCGCGCCGUCUACGACAUGCAGAGCACCUUCUACCCGACGGUGGCGCUCGAGUACGGCGUCCCGCUCGACACGCGCCACACGCAGACCAAGUCCGACUGGGAGAUGUUCGCCGCCGCCAUCGCCAGCGCCGACACCCGCGACAUCUUCAUCCAGAAGCUCGCCAACUGGAUCAACGUCACCCCGACCAACCGCCCCCUGACCGACCUGUACGAUGCCGCCAGCGGCGACUACCCGGGUCUGCAGUUCACGGCGCGCCCUGUUGUCGGAGGUCACUUUGCGCUGCUGGCGCUGCCAUGA